UCUGACCAUACGUGCACGAUAUUUGAUAAGAUUGGCCAUGUUCGGGUGGGAGGUUUGCUGUCAGUUAUGUCAAGGGGUUGCCAAGGUCAUUUGUUGACUCUUUUGCCAACACAUCUGUCAAUGUGUCAACUGACGGACCAAACACAUCACGGUUCUGGCUUUCUGUGUCCCGACACUCUUAAACACAGCAGAACAAGUACUCGGCUCAACUUGAAGUAGUUCGUCCAAUCAGGAUCAGGUUUGAAGUCCUGUGAAAGCCGAGUAAUGCAUGGUUUGAUAUAGGCUGAACAUUGUGUGUGGUAAUGUUUACAAGAAUGAGUAGCAACGAUGGAGAUUUGUCAAAGCCUUCUAUUGCUGGAAUGACAUGUGAAUCUUAUAUGGUGGAGUCUCUUUCACGAAAAUUUAUAUUGUCAAGCAGAAAAACAUUCACGUAUAAAAGUCGCGUGAUAUGUGUGAUAUGAUAUGUGGUUUGCAGGGAAAUGUUCAAUAAUUACAUUUCAAUGGCCAACAUGCAUGAACACAUGUGUUUGUGGGAUCAAACAUUCAAUGCUACAAGUCACAAACUGAUAAUGUCAACUCAUUAUUGACUCUAUUGAGUUACGUCUAAGCCAGUGAUAUUUUCCACAAAAUGCCAACUGUCGUCUAACAGUCACCAUGUCCUUGGAUUUCAGUCAAAUGUCUGACGCUGUUAUUUGUUUAAACGUCAACUUGUCUUGUAACCAUGGACACAUGAAAACAGAUACAGUGUUGAAAUUCACAACCAUGAAAUGUGACACUGUACUUGAAAUGAUUAAGUCAUAAAACUAACUGGUAUAUCGAUAAACUCCCUUGAUGUCUGCAUCGUCAUGUACCACAUUGACAACAUCGUCAGAUAACGUGACUUCAACAUCAUGCUAGAUGGCGCUGCUAGUGGAUUAUAACAAAUGGCAACAGGAAGGCAAUAUCCAUCAUGCAAUAGUUCUGGAUGGAGAAUGUGUGUUUCAGUUGUGAGAUAAUUCAGUAGUGGAUAUUGAUGUUGACGCCAUAGUGCUUGGUUACCAUGACGAUUCCUCAGACAAAACAGAAGAAAGUGGUCAGAUUCACUGAUGGAGUGAGAGAAGGGGAGAAGCAGGUUGAUCAACAAACUGACCCAGGGGAGACUACCCACAAAAUAUCCUGCCAAGAGGAGACAACUCAUGUAGAGACCAAAGACCAAGAGUGUAGUCAAUCUGAAACUGAAAGCGAAAAACCAAGUUCACCAUUUUUGGAACAACUGUUAGAGGUUGACCAAAUUGAGAACGGUCAUACAGCGCCACCAGGAAACAAAGGCAAAAACCCUCCUGAAAGAGGAAAAACAUUUAUCUGUUGUAGAAACUAUCUAAGUGAACAGGGUAUACAACAAACACCUCGUAGCCCUCGAGCAAAAAAUAUUUACAAUACGCGGCCCGAUUCCACAGAAUCAACCUCGUGUGACUCCCCCCAAAACAUAUAAGCCACUUCAUGUUGCUAGCAAUGAACACAACAGGACUUUAGUUCCAUUCAGACAACCGCUUUUGUUAAGAGAAAAGAGAGCGUGCUCAGCUUCAUCUUUGUCACAAGUUCCCAGAAUGUACUUUGUAGGCGGAGACAUGAGCAUGUCGCAGGGCAACGUGUCUCGACUGUCGGAGAAGGAGGAGCUCCAAAGACUCAAUGACCGACUCACGUCCUACGUGAAUCGUGUACGAAUGGUUAGCGACCAAGGCAACCAAAUAGACACUUCUGCAUUCCUCAAAUCUGCCAAAAUAUUAGAAGAGGAAAUAAACAACUUGAAGAACAUUUAUGAACAAGAGCUUGAUAAACUUAGGAAAGAUAUUGAAGUGACGAGUCGAGAGAAGAACACGUUGCAGAUACAGAGCAACAAGCAUCAGCAGGCUGCAGCUGAAAUACAGGACAGACUAAGUGUGGAGAGUGACAGGAGUCGGAAGCUCACGGAAGAGAUGACCCUGUUUCGGAGAGAAGUCGCUGGCCUUGAGGCUCAACUUCACUCUGCAAAGAUGGCUGCAACCAUAAAAGGUCCUGAUAACACAGAUCUGCUCCAACGUAAUGUUGAGGGCCUCACUCGAGAGAAUGAGACUCUCAAACAUCGGUACGAGGUGGAGCAGGUGGCUCGCCAAGAGGCAGAGGACCGGGUACAACAGCUGAUGAAGAAACUGGAGUUUAAUGACCAGGUCAACACACAGCAGGUCAUUGAACUCCGGAACCGAGUGGAAUCAUCAACAGGAACUAUUCUCAGCCUGGAGGCCAAGGUCCGGGAGCUGAGUAAGAGUGAUACGUCCAUGGGCGAUCUGCUGAAGACUGUACGAGAAGCCUCUGAAGCCGAGUUCAAGAAAUACCAGAUGGAGUCGGAUGCAGAAUAUAACAGAAAUAUUGCGGCUCUAAGGGUUCAGUUGGACAAUGAUGCCACUACGAUCGAGCGUCUUCAGACAGAAAAGACCCAGUUAGAGGGGUCAGCUGGUGAAAUGAAGGCCAAGGUCAGGUCACUGGAGGGACAGCUGUCGAACAUUGAACAUCAGAGGAAGUCCCUGGAGGAUAUGCUGGCAGUGGAACGUAGCCGCUCGUCAGACAACAUCCGCACCCUGGAGAAGAAGCUUCGUGAGGUACAGGAGGUGCUCUUCACCAAGAUAAAGGAGGCAUCGUCCAUACGGGAGGCAAACGUCCCACUCAAGGCUGAGAUAGAGUCUCUGAAGCUUCUCUUGGAGGAAGAGGAGAAGAGAUUGCAAGUCCAAAGGAAUGCCGGCCAAACACAAGCAGCCUCCGCAGUGAUGACCUUCGAGAGACCACUGCCCCCCACCGCCUACCCCUACUCAACCCCACCACCAGGCAUGGCGAACUUUAACACAUCCCUCCCUGCUUCGUCUUCCUUCAUCCCCACCGUGCCACCAAUCUAUACUGGAGACACCAUCGCCUGCUCUGCCUUACAAGACUACACCAUGCCCCUGGGCACCACCUCACCAUACGAGCCUGACUUCACCACAUCCUGCAUUCCCAACUAUCUGGACCCAACUGAGCCCAUCAGCACUCUGGAGUUCCCUAUGUCCACCUCCAAGUACAUUUACGAGACGUCGCCCAGUGUAAACCGGUUGCAGGUGGAGCCAUCACCUCCUGAGACACCUCGUGGUCCAGUCACUUCACAAAAAUAUCAGAGGGCAAAGUCUGCUCCAGUUUCAGGGCCAAGGAGUCGCAACAUACCCCUGGUUCCCACCUCCCUGGGGCAGGGCAAGGACUACUUUGAUGAGAUGUUCCAGGACCUACAGAGGGACACCCUCUACAGCUCCCUCCGACCCAAGAGCAGCCCCCUGGAGCGCCCUCCCAGCUCCACCCACCAUGACUACACCGUUGCAACAUCCAGUGCUAUUGGAGAUGUGAAGAUCAUGGAGGUACAACAAGAUGGAAAAUAUGUCCGACUCCUCAAUGAUGGGCCUCAGGAACUAGAGUUUGGAGGCUUCCUCCUGCAGCAGAACGUGGGAGGCCACCCAGUGGCAGUGUACCUUCCCCCUCGCACCAAGUUCCCAUCCAACUCCACCAUCACGGUGUGGUCAGGGAUGAACGACCCCAUCCUCCACCAGCCCCCCUCGGACUUUGUGUGGAAGGAACAGCAGAAGUGGGGCACUGGACCGGAAUGUACUUCCAUCUUGUGUCGCCCUAAUGGCCAGGCCAUAGCUUGGACAACUGCAGCCCAUCGCUUCACACGUAAUGCUUUCGAAGAUGGGAAGGAUGAGGAACAAGUUCAAUCCCUGGAUCUGGUGCAGGAUGAUGAUGUAGACUCUACACCAAGGGAGAACGAGUCCUUGACGGAAAUCAACGUGGAUGUUGGAAACAAGCAGGACUAUGUGUAUCUCCGCAGAGAGAAGCAGCCACCUCCGUCACUUGCUGCUCAGCGACACCCCCAUGGAAGUACCUCCGCCCAAGCCUGUCACCCCCACACUGGCCAGUCCCGCCCACUGAUGUAUGGCAACGACAACAGCACCUGGAGCCGUCAGUCCCGACAGCAGUCCACUCGGCCAGAUCCAAUCCCUGGUCAACCUUAUGCGGGGGCAGCUGCCCAGAGAAUGGGAAGUGCUCCACUCCGGAAGUACUUGGCCCAGAAUGCAACAGUGAAAGGAAGUGGAGCUCUGGCCAAUCGCUCGGAGCCAGGAACAACAUCCCCGCCUCCCAGUCCCUUCAUGAAGCCUCGCUCUCGGUUCCAGCAGGGUCUGACCCAGGUUCAAUCCCAGCACCACCAGUACCUUCCGCCCAUGCCGCGACCACCGUUAUUCUCUGAGUGGUAGCUCAAAGUCACCACUCAUCAACAGAUAACUCCCAUUAAUCUGGACACUGUUAAUCCAGAAUCUUGUUUACAGACAAUGACAGAAAUCGACUUAUGUCAGAAAAUUAAUACUUGGUCUUCUUCAUUUUAUUUAUUGAUUUGCAAACAACUUGGAAUAAAAUUCAAUGUAUGUGGUAAAAAAUAACUUGUAGUAGUUACUGGAUUAACAGGGUUUUGCAGUGGACAGUUUGAUAAUGCAGUCACUUAUCCAAAGGUGACUAAAUUGUAUUUUAAGCACUUUUAAAUUUAAUGCAUACAUUGUUUCAGUUAAUUUAAUUAAAAUCAAAGUUCAAUGACCAAAAUGACUUUGAAGGAGAAUUGACAAUGUUUGAAGUGCAACAUUAUUUACCACCAAAGUUUAUGCAGGAAUGUAUUUUUGUAUCUGGGUUACAACCAAAGAACCUGUGAAAUCAUGAAGAUGAAGAUAAUUUACUCAUUAAAUAAAUAUUUAUUUUUGUUUAUAUAUCAACUAUGCACAGAUAUGCACAAUUCUGAAAGAAAACUUUAUCAUCCACAAAUGUUUAUGUAUUUUUCUAUUACUGUACACAAUGCUUCAGCAGAGUUACAAAUUAUGAUAUUUGUAUGAUGUAUGUGUAGUUUAUGUUGUUAGAAGACUGAAAUGUAAGGGACUAUUUAUAAUUUAUGGCUAGGGGGGAUGAUGAUGAUUUUAAGGAGGGGUCACCUAUUUUGUUCUGGGGAGCUGAGGGGUCAGCAAUUUUGUACACCUGUACUAGGGGGGUCAGCAAUUUUGUACAUAAAAAUAUGUUUAAAAUUAUGCUUAGAAAUUAUGGGAAGGGGAGGAGGGUCAUUGAUUUUGUACAUGACAUGUGGGGGGGUCCCACUUGUUUUGCAUAUAAAUUUUAGGGGUUAUUCACAUUGUACAUGCUUCUCCAUAAAAAUGAUCAUCACCCCCCCUAGCCAUACAUUAUGAACGGUCCCUAAUAAUGCUUUUAAGUUUAGGCCAUAGCAAGUUGAUUAUUUGUUCAUCAGGGUGUUAGGAGUGAGAUGGGUUUAGUAUAACUGUAUUACAUUACAAUCACAGCCUGCCAGCUUAUCGUGGAAGUAAACCUUAAGGUAAAACACUUCUCAGACGAUAAACUCUUUAUGGAAAGCCAUGGUGUUGACAGUACGGGAGCAUUAUUGGGGAAAACAGAUUUGAACAGUUAGUCAUAAGUUUCUGGAAUUCCCAAAAUAAACUGGCUACCUGUGUACCUUAAGAGGCAAAUGACUGGUUAUGAUAUUGAAAAGAAGUACAUGUACUUUUUUUUAAAGUGAAAAUACAGAGCCAUUUAAAAGAAAUACCAUUAUUUCUCUGAUUUCCUCUUGGAAGUACAUUGCAUAUUACUGGUAUACUAAUUGCCCAAGAGUGUAUUGAAAAGUGUACUAGCACUGAAAACAUGUUCACAGGGUUUAGAUAUUUCGGGGGUUGGGGAGUUAAGUAUAACAGGAUGUUUUUAAUAUUUAUUAUAAAAUAAUGUCCAAAAUAUACCAAAUUGAAUAUUUUUUAGAAAAAGACUUCAGGUUAUGAUGAACAUUUAAUCAGAUUUGUUUUAGAUGAAACUUGUUUGCUUCAUGAAUAUUGAUUUGGUAGGCAAUCAGUGAUCAGUAGAAUAUCACAUUUUUUUUUCUCUGCAAAUGUUUCUGUGGUUUACACUGAAUUGUCAAAAUAUUCCAGACCAAAUUAAUACUUGUUUACAGAUCUUUGGCCUUAAUAAAAGUAAAAACCACAAUAAUUCCAAAUAGAAUCUUACAGUUUACAGAUCUUUGGCCCCAAUAUCCGAAAUCAGGUUAAAAUAAAAGUAAACACCACAUUAAUUCAUUAACCUCACUAAAGUAUCGCUGCAUUGAACACCUUUGUUUUGUCUAAAAAAUACAUCCCCAUUUUGGGGAAGUUGUUUUCGGGAAAAUGCUGUCUGUUUCAUUCAGAUGAAAUAUUCACUGGAACAAACAAGAAAAUGCCAUAUCAGAUGUCAAUGUAACUAAAGUUUGACAAAAACUCAUUGGAUUCAGACAAAACCUCAUGAUUAUGUUUUGGAAAAAAUGACUAUAAAUGGACAGGUUUAUCUGAUCUGUCAAACAAGCAUUGAAAUUGGUCUGGCCUGAAAGUAAACUUUGUGUUACAUCCACUUUUAUCUCUUUUUUAAUUAUUUCAAUCUUUAGUUUGAUAGGGAUAAUCAGAUGCCAUUAUUUGUUAAUAUACACUCGACAUAUUAUGAACAUCAUUGCUUUGUAUCGUGGAAAGAUAAAAAAAAUAUCCCUAUGGAAUGUGGAGUAGUAUAGAAGGGAUCUUUAUUGUUAAGGACUUCAUGGAUGAUGAUGCUGAUGAUGAUUUCACAGUUGUGACCAUCAAGCUUUCUAUAUUUUCAAUAAAAGAGCACCAAGGGUUCUGGUCUAACCAAAUAAUUUCAGAUGUUUGACACAAUAUUCAGAAUGACUCUCUCAUCUUUAAGCAUAGUUGAUAUUACUCUAGCUUACGUCAUCUCAUACCUUUGCUUGUGAUAUUGUAUACAUCCUUGUUAUUAAUGUUGUUGACUGUGAUACUAUAAUUCCAUACCACUGCUGUGAUAGGCCAAGUGUACAUAUCAACUUAGAGGAAACAGACCAAAUACACUUCCAAUAUACACUGAAUCAUGCCUGAUGCUCUGUAGUAACCUUGCAAUGAUUGACCUUGAAACUGAACUAUUUUGCCUGCUAGAUAAUUUUCAAACAUUUUGUAGUUAUUUUUUUUAAUUUUACACAGACACAAAUAAUCUAUGAUGUAGAUGAAAGGCUUUGAUAAAAGUGGGGAUGCACGCAAUGCCAAGCCUCAAGUGAACAAAAGCAUGUAAUUGGUUGAUGUGUCUGAUAAAAGGGGUUCUUCUCUCAUCAGCUCAGGCGGAUGAGGCAUUUCGAAAAGGGGGAUGCUCAGUAUACCAAAGAUUCAGUGUGAAGAACACCAUACGAUUGUUCACCCCCUUCCCCAUUCAUUCUCCCCCUCCUUCACACUCAUCCUCCCAGCAUACGCCAGUGCAGCUUCUUGUAGGGUUAGAAAUCUGUUACAAAAUACAAGAGGACUUGUUUGGGCUGUAUAUAAUACUGUAACACAACGAAAACAAAUUAUCAGUUUGGACUCAAACUUACAAGAAAACGAUAUUAGCCAUCAAUAUUUACUCACAUGACCAUGAAUGAUGACUGGAUGACGAAUGACAAUGUUGUGUUUGAUUAUCUAAUGCCUACAUUAACAGAACGACCAUUUGUUUUUGUGGCGAUGAAUACGAAAAUUUGAAUUAUCAUUUUCAGAGUGUUUCGGUAUAUAUUAUCCUUCUGGAACAUCAUUGGGAAUAAUUAAUUUUCUAACAAGUGAUAAAUAUAUUUUAAAGAGAAAUUUCAGAGUUCAAGAUCUUUAGUAUUUGUAUAAUAAGGUUGUGAAUUAGAGGACUAUUGGAGUUACAUAGAAUGUAUCGAUAGAUUGCCAAUGCUUUUAUGUUAUGUGAUAUUUUGUAUUUAAACAAUAGAUGUUAACAGAAGCAAUCUGACAUUCCGUCCAUUACUAGAAAUAAAUAUUUCUUAUACUA